CUAUCACGUGAUAUCCCUGCAGCGGCCGGGAGCCUGACUUCUAGCGUCGGGAGCGCGCCCGGUUCCCCCAGCCUGGCCCGGUGAGCGCGUCCACCAUGUACCGAGCGCUGUACGCAUUCCGCUCCCCGGAGCCCAACUCCAUGCAGUUCGCGGCCGGAGAGAGCUUCAUCAUCCUGGAGCGAUGUAACCAGCAUUGGUGGCUGGCCAGUCGCUGCAGUACCGGGGACACGGGCUACGUACCGGCCUCCUACCUGGACAGGAUCAAGGUCCAGGAACAAGAUGUUGUUCUUCAAUCAAUUGACCGUGCUAUUGAAGCAAUUCAUAAUGCAGCCAUGAAAAAUGGGGGGAAGUACAACUUGGAACAGAGAGAUGUUCUUCAGAAACUUAUCCAUCAUCGCAAAGAAACACAGAAUCGAAAUCUGCACUCGCCAACCUCUCAGUCGAAUUCCAUUACCACAUCUACCAGUGAUCACCACUUGGAUUCUGUGCGGCAGCCCAAUGGCGUAUGUCGUACUGGUUUUGAGCGCAACAUGAGCUUGCCAAACCCAGAAAUUCCAUUAGAUGGAGAAAAUCUUUAUCAGGUCCCUCCACAAGCCAGACGAGCGGCCCCGGUCACUCCCCCACCACCUGAGAAACGGAAAAAUGAGCAAAGAACCCUGUCUACGAAAAAUUGUGUUGACGAUGGUUCAAGAUCCAUAUCUAACACGUCUACUGUAAGCAUCUCCUCGAUCGAUAAAUUAGGCAACUCUUCUGUGGACUCUUGCCAUCCUACAGCAGCCUCAAGCCCAAGUAAUACCCCUCCACCUGUGCCAAGCAGAAGUGCUCACACUACAGUUUCCCAAAGUUUGGGCCCAACAGCAUUAUCCCUUGGAAUUAUAAACUCACAAAACAAGAUGGCCACACCAGGACCACCCAAUAAACUAGAAAUUGGCAGUCAAAGUAACAAACUCUCACAAGUAAAGAAGAUGGCUCCAACUCCGCCUCCUAGUGUGGAAGCUUUCAAUACCGUUAACCAGGAGAGUAAAGGCAAACUGUAUGUGAAAUCUGCAGCACAGGAAACCCCUGCUGGUGCCGUAACUGUUCCAAAAACAAUAAGUGCUGAGCUCAUCGAACUAGUUCGCAAAAACACCAACCUCAGCUAUGAACUGUCUCGGGUGGCUAUAGGCGUGGUGGUCGGCCACAUUCAGUCCUCUAUCCCAUCUACAGCUUCUGUCAUGGAGCAGAUCCUUAUCUCUCUAGUGGAAAAUAAGGAUUCAAGUUGUGGAUUACCUUCAGGACAGAUAUGUCAUGAUGAACAGCGCCUGGAGGUCAUAUUUGCUGACCUGGCUCGUCACAAAGAUGACGCCCAGCAGCGUAGCUGGGCUCUUUAUGAAGAUGAAAACAUCAUCCUUUGCUAUUUGGAGGAGCUGCUGCUAAUUCUGACAGAUGCAGACCCAGAAGUGUGCAAGAAGAACCAGUUUGAGUCCAUUUUGUCCCUCGUGGCCUAUUAUCAAAUGGAACACAGAGUCCCGUUACGGCUUUUGCUGCUAAAGUGUUUUGGAGCCAUGUGUAACCUGGAUGCUGACAUAAUUUCUGCUCUUGUCAACUCAGUCCUUCCCAUGGAACUGGCUCGAGACCUCCAAACAAACAUACAGGAGCACCAGAAGAUGUGUUACUCUGCUUUAGUCUUAUCGAUGAUUUUCUCUAUGGGAGAGCCUCUUCCAUACCACCAUUAUGAACAUCUGAACUCCCAGUUUGUCCAGUUCCUGUUGGACGUUAUUGAGAACGGUUUGCCAUCUGAUGUUACGGAGCAGCUGCCAGACCUGUUUAUCAAUGUGCUUCUGGCUUUUAACCUUCAUAUACCAGUCCCAGCAAACAACUUAAUCAUGAAAGCCUUAUGCAAGGUCUCCAAUGUCAAGAUUUCUACAGAGAAGCUGCUGUUGCUGUUAAAUAGAGGUGAUGAUCCAGUUUGCAUCUUCAAGCACCAGCCUCAGCCCCCACAUUCUGUCCUGAAGAUCCUCCAGGAUGUGUUCUCCAGCAAAGACACCGCAAAUCUAUUUUACUAUUCGGAUAUGAUGGUUCUGAUCGAUAUAAUUGUGCGUCAGAUUGCCGACCUUUCACCUGGAGAUAAGCUACGGAUGGAGUAUCUCUCACUGAUGCACUCCAUCAUUCGUUCAACCGACUACCUCCAACAUCUGCACCGCCAUCAGGACCUUCACGGAAUCCUGCAGCGCAUUUUAGCUGAAGUAGAGGAAGAGCCGCACUGUCAGAUGGAUAAAAUGAUCGCUCAAGAAAUAUACAAAGAGUUCCCCGAGUUCUCUCCAGAAAGUGGAUAAACGUCAACGGAUGUGGCACAUGAUUUGGUUAUCUCUACUAAUCACUUACAACAUUAUCAUAUGCACCUUUUAACUACCUUUUAACUGCACAGGAACAUUUCCAUCGCUGUUAACCCUUGUUGUUCUGAGGUGGUGUCAUUUCUUCUCAUGCCUCUUAGCAGUAACAGACCAUGUUCCCC